AAUCUUGUUGGCAAUUGUAUGGAGUUGUUCACACAGUUAAAUGAAUAGUUAAAUAUCGAUACUCAAUUUAUUUUAUUUUAGAUAUUCCAUAGUUAUUUCAGUACCUAUUCAAAAUAUAGGAAAAAUGUUCAUCAAAGAUUCGUAUCCAUUCAAAAAGACCCUUCAUUUACCUACUAGGGAUUUCAGACGACUUUUGUCUUCUCCUUUUCAAAUCAAAGCGUCUAUUGAGAAUGUUAGUGGAGUGUGCCCAAAAGUCAGUUACAUGGUCAUAGACGUACCUCUGUUUUCAUCUAUAUUUGGUAUUGAGCUUAGAAGCAUAGGUCUUCAGCCUUGUAAUAACUUUAAUGGUUACCUAACAGUUUUCCUCCAGCAUCUAGAUGGGAAAGGUAGACCUACUAGCGAAAAAUUUGCCUUAUACAGUGUUAAAGAUAAUAUAAUUUCAAACUAUCACUUAAAAAUACCUUUACAAGGUGGUGAAAAGGUUCAGCUACUUUUUGUCUGCGAUAAUGAUAUCCAUAAAAAUAUAACACGUACAAUUUUCAUAUCAGGUGUUUGUAUGUUAAUGCCUGGCCGAGCUCAGCUCUCGAAAAACGAUGCGAACAAGCUAAGCAAAUGGAUUAGCAAUAAUUGGGCAUUUCAAGCUAAGGAAGACUUCCCUAUUCAUGUUAACGAGUGUAAAUCUGAUGAUUUAAUAUCAAAGUCACGAAAAAGAGAGCGAUCUUCCAGCAAUGAGCCACCACAGCUUUCAUAUGCCUUCGUUGCUGGAGGUGAUGAUGAAAGUUGAAAAAUACACUGAAGUUUCUCUACACAUUUUUUAGUCUAAGAAAAUGGAUAGACAUCUAAUACAAAAAAUGAUCAUGCUCAAUUU